AUGACCAUCCUUCGCACCAUCAUCACAUCGCUCCCGUUACUCGCCGGCGUGAACGGGCACCUCUCGAUGUGGAGCACAUCCAUGUUCGGGCUGGACCCCACCAACAUCAACAGCGACAACGCCUCGCAGCCGCUUCAGGACUACACCUUCAACCAGUGGUGGUGGCACGGCGCGCUCGACCUACCGCCCGCAGACGGCGAAGUCUUCGAGCUGAAGCCCAACUCCACUGUCGACGUGAUGAUCUCCUCGAACAAGGGCCACACACCGCUCGGACACGGCUGGUACGACGAGAACCCUCGCGAAGCACCGAACCCAUGGACCAACACCAACGGCUGGGGCAACAUGCACGCGCCUUCCCGCCUUGAUGUCGCGGGGUCCGCACUCGCAAUCGCGUACAAAUCCACUUCCCACACUGUCAUGCCGGCGGACUUCGUCGUCUUCUCGGUAAAGUACGACUCUCCGGCGCGCCAGCUAGAAACCUUCGCCGUCCCCGACCUCCCCGCGUGCCCCAACAACCGCUGCAUGUGCGCCUGGUUCUGGAUUCACGCCAGCGCAGGCGGGACGGACCAGAUGUACAUGACGCCCUUCGUGUGCAAUGUUACCGGCGCGACGAAUACAAGGAAGCUGGGGAGGCCGGCGGCACCGUGGAAGUGUGAGAAUAAUGCGACGGAGGGAUGUAUGACUGGCGCAAAACAGCCGAUGUAUUGGAUGAAUAGGGAGGGGAUGAAUAUGUUCGAGCCCGGCCAUUAUGCGCCAACGUAUGCUGAGCCGUUGUAUGGAUUCGCCGAUGGCGCGCAGACGGAUAUUUGGGAGGAUGGGAGGAACGCUACGCAGGCGGAGGAGGUAGAGAAGGCGGAUGAUUUCCAGGUCCCGGCGGUGCCGGCGUCUACUUUGGUAACGUUUAGGACUGCGGUUUCUACGGUCGCUCGGACUGCCACCACCACUCCUACUGUGGCUUCGUGCAAUGCGCGGGGUUCCCAGCAGUACGCUCGUCGCAAGGGCAGGACAUUCUUCUGA